AGAUACCAGGUCUCUCUCGCUCUUUUUCUCUCCCUUGUUCUUUCGCCACAGCAUUCCAUGCCCCGUCUUUACUAGAAGAAUGCCAUGCAAGAUUUUAUAUCCAGUUGGAAAUAAGACUCUGCUUCUUCAUUGCUUAGAAACACAGAUAUUAUUUUUUUGGUGUGAGAUAUUUAGGAGGUUGUGGGAAAUACUGGGUUGAGGAAGAAGCAAUCUGAGAUGUGGCCAGAAUUUUAAGACCAGCUCAGAGUGCACUUGGUUUUUCUUCGGUUGGCUGCUGAACGAUGCUGUACCGAGGGAUGUAUGCGUUUUAGUACUCCAGCUUUAGCGUAUGGAAUGUGUAAGAAAUGUAAGCAGUCCUAGCACAUGAGAGCAAUGGGGAGUAAGGCUGGAUUUUCAAACUCUCUUUCUCAGCCGGAUCAUCCAUUCUUCCAGGUGUCGUGCAGCCACAACCAGCAGACUACAACAUUUAGGCAUCCUGUGACUGCCCAGUUUUCUCCAGAAAACAUCGAGUUUCUUUUACAAGAGGAGCAUGCUAUGUCAGUGAGAGGAAUUGCAUCAUCAGGCUCUCGGGAAAGCUUGCACUGGCAGAAUUCACAUAUGUCCAAGCAUCAGAUAAACCAAAGACCCUCAAGCAUGGUCAGUGAAACAUCUACUGCAGUAACUACAUCCACUGUAGAUACAAAACCUGGCUCCAAAGUGAUAAAAUCUGGCAAUAAAAUUCAUAGCUUUGGGAAGAGGGAUCAGUCUAUAAGAAGGAACCCUAGUGUUCCUGUUGUGGUGAGAGGCUGGCUUCAUAAACAGGAUAGUUCUGGGAUGAGAUUAUGGAAAAGACGAUGGUUUGUGCUUGCUGAUUAUUGUUUGUUUUAUUACAAAGAUAGCAGAGAAGAAUCUGUUCUUGGAAGUAUACCCUUGCCUAGCUAUGUGAUAUCAUCAGUUGGACCUGAAGAUCAUAUAAAUCGCAAGUACUCCUUUAAGGCUGUCCAUACAGGCAUGAGGGCUUAUAUUUAUAAUAAGAGUUCUGUUAUUGGCUCUCAGGCAGAACAUUCAGGGAUGCGCACAUACUACUUUAGUGCAGACACUCAAGAAGAUAUGAAUGGCUGGAUCCGAGCUAUGAAUCAAGCUGCCCUUAUGCAAACACGUUCAUCACCAAAGAGAGAAACAGAAAAGAUAGAUCAGCAAGCUGUUCCUCAAGCCAAUCAUGGGGAUCCCUGCAAAGAGUGUGCAAAGUUAGGGUCUGUUGAUGGGAAAGGAAAUUAUAGGAAAUCACCUGAAAGUUCUGGAUAUGAUAAGCAUGAAGAGAUGAGAAAAACAAGAGAAAAUGAACGCUAUGCUAUCAGAAAAGAUACUGUAGAAUCAAAAAGGGAGAAAUCUAAACAUCCAAGGACAUCCGAGGUUGGCGCAUUGAAUUCGGAGUUAACUGUGUCUUGGUCCCAAGCAGCACAACCUGUUGAGAAGAAUGGAACACUCUCGAGUACAUUAAAUGCAAGUACUGACCCAGUGGAGCAGAAUGGCAUUGGUUUGUAUAAACGAGGAUUUGUUCCCAGACCAAAUCAAGAUAAGCAGAAACAAAGGAAAAACAACAUGGCUCACAUAGAGCACUGGGUAAAAGUCCAAAAAGGAGAUACAAAAAGUCUUGCAUCUGAUCAGAAUCUUAUUCGCCAAGCACCAAGCCAUUCCAUAUCUUUUCCUGAAAAUUAUCAUACUUUGCCAAAGAAUACCAGGCAGCCUUCAGGAAGCUCACCUCCUCCAAAUCGCAAUUUGCCAAGUGACUACAAGUAUGCUCAAGACCGGGUUAGCCACUUGAAGAUGUCCAAUGAUGAGAGGAGAGCUAACAAAGAUGGCACCGUAUGGCAGUUGUAUGAGUGGCAACAGAGACAGCAGUUUAAACAUGGUAGUCCAACAGCCCCUAUUUAUGUUGGUUCUCCAGAUUUUACAGACCGUAGCAAGGGGAGAAGUUCACUAGAUGUUCCACGUUCAGUUUCAGUUCCCCCAUCACCUUCUGAUAUACCUCCACCAGGACCCCCUAAAAUAUUUCCACCCAGAAGACCACAUACUCCUGCAGAGAGGGUUACUGUCAAGCCAUCCAAUGAGAGGCAGAUGAUAGACAUUCCUUUUGUUGGGUCACCAAGGAAGACUCGAAACCAUACUCUAAAAAAUUCCACACACAUAGAUAGGCGCUCCAUGCCUGCAAUGGGAUAUAUGACCCAUACUGUAAGUGCUCCAAGUUUGCAUGGGAAAUCGGCUGAUGACACCUACAUCCAGCUGAAGAAAGACCUAGAAUAUCUGGAUCUAAAGGUGACAGGACGUGAUUCAAUGAAAGAGCGAAAUACAAAACCCAUCAAGAUUGGAGAAAGUGAUAUUGAUGUGAAACUAAGUGUCUUCUGUGAACAAGACAGGAUUCUACAAGACCUCGAAGACAAGAUUAGAGCUCUUAAGGAAAACAAAGAUCAGUUGGAAUCUGUCCUGGAAGUGUUACAUAGGCAGAUGGAACAAUACAAAGACCAACCACAACACACCGAAAAAAUUUCAUAUCAGCAGAAACUUUUGCAAGAGGAUCUUAUACAUAUUCGGGCUGAAAUAUCUAAAGUGUCUACAGAAAUGGAAAAUGCAUGGAAUGAAUAUCUGAAAUUGGAAAAGGAUGUAAACCAGCUAAAGCAUGCCUUACAGGAACAGAUGAAUAGAUCAUGUUUUCCUCAGGAGAAAGCUCAAAUGCAAAAGGAUUUGUGGAGAAUUGAAGAUGUUACAGCUGGCUUAAGUACAAAUAAAUCCAACUAUAAAGUCAUCAUAGAGUCCAUAAAAAAUCCAGAGAGAAAAACAGUGCCUUCAUUUUCAAAGCCUCUUGUGCCUUCAUUAUCAUCUACUCUCAUGUCAGCAGACAACAAACUUUCUACUCAGCGAAGUCCACCAUCUAGUCCUCUCAAGCCCUCUUUGGAAGUCAGACUUUUUCCUCAGCCUUAUACACAGCCUAGAAUGUUCUCCCCGUCCCAGCAACUGAAAAAAGUUGAGCCUCCAGUUCAAUCACCAGUAAAAUUGAAGCCAAAGCUUGAAGAUGAAGCACCACCAAGACCUCCUCUUCCACAGCUGUAUAGUCCUGAUGACCACCCACCAGCUGUCCCACCUCUUCCCAAGGAAGCCACUGUCAUUAGGCACACAUCAGUGCGGGGCCUGAAACGCCAGUCAGAUGAAAGAAAGCGAGACCGAGAACUAGGACAAUACGUGAAUGGAGAUUAUAGGGUAGAACUCCGUUCAUAUGUGAGUGAACCUGAAUUGGCCACAAUAGGCAGUGAUAUGAGCCAACCUUCCAUUGGUUUUCUAGGUACUGACAGUAGAUACCAGACAUUACCUAGCAGAGGAUUAUCUGGCUCAACUUCCCGACUUCAUCAGUCAUCAUCAGCUUCUUCAUAUGCAACACUUCGGAGAGAUGGUUCCAAGGAGAGACCAAAGAGUGCCUUGGAACGUUUGUACUCUGGAGACCACCAAAGAGGCAAGAUGAGUGCUGAGGAACAACUAGAAAGAAUGAAGCGACAUCAAAAGGCAUUGGUUCGUGAACGCAAGAGAACGCUUGGUCAAGGAGAAAGACAGUCACUCUCAUCACGAUCAUUCAUCCGGCCUGUUUCUGCAGACAUAGGCUCAUGGAAGCGGGAGCAAGAAUUUGACUUGCAGCUACUGGAAAGAGCAGUACGCACAGAAGAAAAAGAGGAAAAUAACUGGUUGACAGUUGAACCUGUAUUGGUGACAGAAGCAGACCUAGAACCUCAAGAUUAUAACUUAGACAUUAGCAAGGAGUUGGCAAAACCUGAAAAGGUUGCAAUUCCAGAGCGUUACGUUGAGCUGGAGCCUGAAGAACCUCUCACUCCUGAAGAGUUAGCAGCAAGGCGUCACAAGGCAGAAAAAAUAAAGAAUAUUCUUACAAAGUCAAGUAUGCACAACCUACAGCCUCCAGUUGCUCAGGACAAGUACAGCUCUGCUAAUUUAGAUUCACAGUUGCAAGAGCAAGAACGCAUCAUUACCAUAUCAUACGCACUGGCUUCUGAAGCCUCUCAGCGGAGUAAGGAGGUGGCAGCUCCGCAAUUGACCUACCCAUCUAAAGCACCCUCACCUUCUGUACCUCAGCCACCCCCCUUAAGCAAUGGAUUUCACUACACAUUUGUCUAAACACCUUGAAACCAAAGCAGUAACUGAACACUAAUACCUGGUUGCAGAUCAGCAACAACCUCUGAUGAAGGAAAAACAGCGAGGAGGAGGGAAGAAGGGACUUCCUUGCAUCAGCUUUCUCUCAAGCUUAUUCUUCAUUCGAAUAUUUAACAAUACAGAUUAAAUAAAGGCCCCAAGGGAUUUUCUACACACACGCAAAACACACUGAGAACUGUUUAGUCUAUCUGCCUUCUGUUUUUUAAUAUAGGAGAACAGCACUUUUUAGUAUAUUGACAUUGGCUACAACUCACCCCGCAGUCAAGCACAUUAAAGUCCUCUUACAGGUCUGAAGGGUGUAAUGUGUUGGAUUGCAAGCCAGUCUGUUUUUAGAAACAGUGUGUAUAAGAUUCUUUUUUAAAACAGCAUAAAAGGCAAUGGAUUUCAUUCAUUAAAAGCUCAGACACAUGUUGUAACGGCAGAUGUUGCUUUGUUUCUAAAAAGGAAAGUUUUUGGAAGCACAUAGUGUUUCUUUAGGAAUAACUUGAGAACUUUUUCUAGUUUUUCAGCAUUGAUAAUGCCUUUCUGUCCACUCAUUAUCAAUCAGGUGGAAUUUUAUUGAAGUAUUAAAAGUGUCAUGAUUUCUGGAAUCUCAUCUAAACACCAAAAGGCAGAAGCAAAACUUGCAAAGGAUAUACCCCUGUUAAUAAGUAAAUUGUUGCACCACUUAUUAGUACUGGCAGCAGUUAUAGCCCUGCCCUGUUGUUUUUAGUAACUCAGUCCCAGUCCAAUUUAACAAUACAGUCCAAUAUAGUUUAAAACUAUACAUUUUUUCUUUAACUUAGGGUUUGGGGCAGUAAAAUAUUUAGGGGGUGGUCCAAACCCUGCCCCACCACAGGUGGAGCACCUACAUAGAGAGGAUUCCCAUAUAGCUCAAUAAAGCCCUGAUUUCCCUCUUCAGAGCAUGGAUAUUGCAUGCAGAGGAAGCAUGGCAGGCCAUGACAUGGAAUGGAAAGUUGGAUGCACUGCCUGUCUGUGCUUGGAUUUGAGUUAUUCAAGCUCCAAGCUCACUCAACACUUGACACACAAAGAGGAGCAUGCAAACAUUUCUGAUGGUCUGUCUUGCUGCUCAUGUACCUGGAUGUAUACCCAAGAGGAGGGAGAGAGAAGAAACUGGCCCUAAUGAGCCCUUGGGAAUCUUCCACAUGCAGGCUCUGCAUCCAUGUGGGGGAUUGCAUUGUCCACCUUAAAAUGAAAUCUAUAAAGUAAGCAAUAAAAUCAUUAAUAGAACCUGUCAUUUUACUAUUAAAUAUUUAUAUACAUUUAAUCGAAUGUUUUCAGCAACAACAAAAUAAAAAUGAUUUACAGUUAACUAUUUAUAAUAUUAUAUAUUAAUUCAUCUGGUACCCUCAGUCUUGCUAAAGACUACCUAAAGACCUGUGUUUGCAUAGGAUAUAUUUUCUUAACUCUUGGGCAAAAUGCUGGCCAGUGACAGAUGAAGUGUUGAAUUGCUGGCAUGUUAUUUUACUUGAAAAAGUGUGUAUAUAUUCUUAAGUGUGUGGCUUGCAAAUAUGACAAUACAUUGGUUUGUACUGAGUUGAUCAGCCCAAAGCAAGAAGUGGAUUCACAAAUAUUUUGCAGUGAGUUGUGGAAUUUUAAAUCACUGUUUUGCAGCAUUCAUGUACAGUGCACUUCUUUUAUACAGUAAAAAUAAUACUAACCCUUUUGAACUAUUUUGGCAUAAUUGGUGGGGUAAGCUGUUCUAUAUGUUACACUUUCCAGAUGGAGGCCACUGGAAACGGCCUCACCAUUACGAAAGACAGUCUCCGUUUCACCUCUAGCUGCUGCUGGACAUGUGUGGAGAUAAUGGCAGAUAUCCAUAUAGUGAGCUGAUCUAGAUUUAUGGUGUGGAACACUUGCUAUGUGAACACUUGCUGGUUAAGUGGCCUUCAUGUAGAGAACUGAACAUGUAGGCUGGCUGAUGGUUGCUACCGUAAUGUGGCUCUGUUCCAAAUGAAUGCAAUUGCAGAGUUUUUCCAAGCUCUUCUGUGUUCUCAUCUAUGGAAAGACAAAGCUCUUGAUUCCCCAUUCUCCCAUCUUUUUGUUCUCAAAGAAGACGCUAUGCUCAUGAGGUUCCUUUUGAUUGUAAUAGUUAUUAGUAUCAGCAAUUGCUAAUAAGUUCUUCCAGAGUAAAUAGAGUGCACUGUAUGGGUUAAAUGAGUGGAAAAUUAUUUCAGGAAGUCAUCAUCAUAUUGGUCCCAUAAUAAUAUGUGUAAGUAACUGGAGAUAAUGGUCACAAUCUCUCUGUGACUACUUAGUGCUUUUGCAUAUUUGUUUUUGAAGAGCAGUUCUCUAUGCUUCAUGGCAAACCACUGCUGGGACUUUGAGGAUGUUUCAAAAUCAGUUUGUGAUGCUGCAUUUGGGGGACUGCCUUUCUAAAUUCCUGCUGGGAGCAUGCAAGUCUUUGGGUCAGCCUAAAAGGGCUCCUGGAUUGUGCUCCAUAUGUUUUAUUAGUUCAGUUUGCUGGUGGAAGUGAGGCUUCAAUUUUUUGAAAUUCCACUUCAGACUAUAAGAGAAUAGUCUGAGCAAAUAUGGAGGGCUCCGAUAUGCAAGAAGAGGAGGGGAGAGCUAGAACAUAUUGUUUUAUUCAUGUUUUGGGACACACCAGGUUAGUCUGAGAAAGAGAUUAGAUAUGACAAAACUAAAACCAGGAGGUCUGUGCUAAAGUACAACAAUCUCGUUUUGCAGUUUGUGCACAUCCACUUGUGUAUUCGACCUGUGUAUCUGCAAGCAAAACACUUGCACUGUUCCAUAAGUGGUCAGUCUACAUAAUUUUUCCUAUACAGAGUGUAUCACUAUGUAGAGAGAAGUAAUCUGCAUAAAGGCUCUAAUCUUUUUCUCAAGCUAACCUUUAUCUGUAUCCUCUUUAGUGCUAACAAACUCACUCUAAAAGAAUCCUACUUCCCCGCUCAUUUUUGCUGGGGGUGGUCCAAAGAGAUAUUUAGAUCUAUGUAUUCCAGCACUUACAUUCUAGAUUGAAAACAUAAGUGAGCCUUUCAAUUUGUGAAGCUCUUAUUCAGUUUUAGCAGUGUCAGUUAAUUAAAAGGUCUCCACCUACCUUAUGACUCUUAUCAAGAAGUAACGGCAAGUGUUUAAAAUUUAUAUAAAAUGUUUAUUCUAUUUUGACUAUAUUUGGAAGCUAAGCUUGAGAAAUGUAUUUAGAAAAUGUGGUCUAUUUUUAACUAACACAAUACUGCCAGUGUCAAGUCUGUAACAUUUUGCCAAAAUCAAAUGAUUUUAUUUUUGCCUUUAUAAAAAUGUCAAAAUAAAUAUUUUGCAAGAAAACAUAAUUUAAAUAAAAUGUAACAGUUUGGGGGAAAUUGUAUAUGUACAUAUUAAACUAUUAACAUAA